GCGUUGCGUUUCCCCUUUAAGGGAAGGGGAAUUGCUGCCAAUACAAUAGCAGAGGGAACAGGAGGGAACCUUUCUGCUGGGCGAUCAAUUAACCCUUUGGCGUUGCUCUGGCGGCUGUGUUUCCCUCUCCUCUGAGCCGCGAGUUACAGAGGCCAGCCACACACACUGCGUUGUGGGGAGGAGAGGAGGUGGACUUGGACUUGGAUAUGUUUUGUCCCUAGGCUUGUCCUCGAAGAACUGAGCUGGAAAGUGUCUGCCGAAGCCUCCCGGAGUCAUGGAGUGUACCGAGGGAAGCAGUUACCCCUCCAUCUCAUCCAUCCUGGACGUGGUGCCUUACCAGAAGCUGGUGGACCUCCACUACAUCAGCAGAGGAGGCUAUGGAGUGGUGUAUAGAGCUCGGCACAGCGACUGGAGGAUUGACGUGGCCGUCAAAUGUCUGCAGUUUGACACUCCGAUGGAGGAAGGUGUAAGGAACACUCUGUUGAAAGAAGCUGAGAUCUUGCACAGAGCCAGGUUCUCCCACAUAAUCCAAAUCUAUGGUAUCUGCAACGAACCCGAAUUCAUGGGCAUUGUCACCGAAUACAUGAGCAAUGGAUCCUUGGAUCAACUCCUUCAUCAGAAAGAAACCUAUCCCGUACUCCCUUGGGCGUUACGACUCCGUAUUCUACAUGAAAUUGCCCUUGGAGUGAAUUUCCUGCACAACAUGAACCCACCAUUGCUGCAUCACGACCUGAAGACUCAGAAUAUUCUGCUGGAUAAUGAAUUCCACGUGAAGAUUGCAGAUUUUGGACUAUCAAAGUGGCGGCAUUUAACCAUGAGUAAAUCGUCGGGCCUGAAGUCCCCCACCGCUGGUGGGACCAUUAUCUACAUGGCCCCCGAGCAGUACGAGCCAAACAAAGUGAAACGAGCAGAUAUAAAACACGACAUUUACAGCUUUGCAAUAAUAAUGUGGGAAGUCCUCGCAAGAAAACAGCCGUUUGAAGAUGCUACCAACCCAGUUCAGGUCAUGUUCAGUGUACUGAGGGGCACGAGACCCGACAUCAGUGAGGAGAGCUUGCCUCUGGACAUCCCCAGCCGUGAAGCUCUGCUGGAGCUGAUAACAACCGGCUGGUCGCAAAACCCCAAUGAGCGACCUUCAUUUAUUAAGUGCCUCAUAGAAUUGGAACCUGUAGUUCGGACAUUUAGUGAACUGACUCUGCUUGAAGAUGUUCUGUACCUCAAACGAGCUAAAGGGAAUUGUGCCUCAGGCUAUUUCUCAGCAUCAUAUGAAAAGAUAAAUGGAGAUUUGAAGACACUUAAUAUACCCGUGCAGGCGAUGAAUGCAGAGCCAUGUAGCCUGUCCUCCCUACAGGAUAAUGUCUCCUGCCAGCGGAUGUCAGCAGCAUGUAACCAGCUAUCACCAACUGCUCCCGUAUUAUCUCCAAGCAACCUAAUUCCUACGUUAGUGGAUGAUCGAGUUGACAAACACAAGGAUACAAGUCAUACAGACACAAAUGCACCGUGUAGUAUGAAGUGCCAAGAAGAAUUGAGCUCACCACCUUUAGCUGGGCUCAGAGACGAAGGCAGUUUGCCUCAGACCGCUAUAUGUCAACCAGAAAACAACUUUGCCCCACGAAGUGGAAUUCCAGAAAGCGAGCCCGACUACGGACGGGGACUCAUAACGUUGCAGCCUUCCUCAAGUUUCUUCGCAGAAUCGGUCCAACAAGGUGUCGCUGACCAAUGGAUUCAAACCAAAAGGGAGGAUAUUAUUUGCCAAAUGACAGAAGCGUGUCUGAAUCAGACAUUGGACGCCCUGAUAUCUCGUGACCUAAUAAUGAAGGAGGACUAUGAGCUCAUCAGCACCAAACCCACAAGGACAGCUAAAAUCCGACAACUCUUAGACACUAGCGACAACCAAGGAGAAGACUUUGCCAGGGUCAUCGUUCAGAAGUUAAAGGACAACAAGCAGAUGGGUCUUCAACCUUACCCGGAUCUAUGUACACUGUCCAGUCCAGUCUCUUUCAUGAGCCUGAUGCCCACCCACCUCAAAAGCAAGUGAGAAUUGAUUUGAAAAAGACCCAUAGUGCUGGAGUAACUCAGCGGGUCAAGCAGCAUCUGUGGAGAACAUGGAUGGGUGACGUUUCUGGUUUAGCUUUGUUUUGUUUAGAGAUACAGCGUGGAAACAGGCCUUGGCCCACCGAGUCCGCGCCGACCGCACACUAACGCUAUCCAGCGCACGAGGGACAAUUUACAAUUUUACCGAUGCCAAUUUGUCUACAAACCCGUACGUCUUUGGAGUGUGGGAGGAAACGGGUGAUCUCGGAGAAAACCCACGCGAACUACGUACAGACAAGCACCUCGUAGUUAGGAUCGGGGACGGUGCUGUUAGGCAGCAACUCUACCGUUGCGCCACUGUGUGCCGCGCAAGGAAUUUCUUGGGACUCCUUCUUUGGACAUUUAUUCUCCAGGGGCGCUUGCCUGACCUGCUGAGUUGUUCCAACACAUUGGGUUGUUUUUGGUAAACCAGCAUCUGCCGUUCCUAGUGUCUAGACUACGGUUCAGAUUUGUUUAUUUGGAUCUAUUGUUACCAAUAAGUUAUAAUGUCACGAUUGUUUCAUCUUCAGCUGUCUUCUCAUUGGACUAUGGGUGGGACCUAGCAACAAUUUAAUAUUUUUAACAUUUAAAUAUUUCUCAUAUAAACGAGCAUUGAAUUUUAUCAUGA